AUGGCGGCCUCUCUCGCGUCCUCCUUCGCGUCCUCCGUCAGGCUCGCGCCUGCCUCCUCCUUCCUUUCGGGGGAGCGCAUUCAGCAGUCGUCAGCUGUUGCCGGCUCCACGCCCGCAGCCGUUAGCGCCAGCCCCGUCGUCCGCGUCGUGGCCGUGCGUAAAAUCCAAGGGACCGUCGUGUCGACCGCGAACGACAAGACGGCCGCGGUCGAGGUGAAGCGCAUUUACCCGCAUAAGCUGUACAAGAAGCGGAUCGCCUCUGUGAAGCGGUACCAGGCGCACGACCCGGAGAACCAGUGCCGCGUGGGUGACUUCGUGACUCUUGCCAAGCGUAAACGUGAGAUGGAGAGACAGUGA